AUAAAGAUGCUGUUGAAGUGGAGGAUGCAGCAAGUGACAGGAACAAGAAGAAAAGAAGAAGAAAGUCAAAACAUAAAGGCAGCUCAGACAAAAUUACAUCCGAUAUUUUGGGAACUGAAGCAAGAAUUAGCCGCCAGGAUAUUGAAGACGAAGUCAACAAACAAGGAAGUAUUGGUCUUUCUGCCAAACAAAAACACAAAAAUACAAAGUUGGACAUGAUUGAAGAUCGUUUUGCCAUAAAAGAGCCCGGACUGAAAUCGGACAAACUCAGCAGGUCUAUGAGGUCUCUAAGAGGGGACAGUGGAUCCAGUCUGAAAAGUAGCAGCUCUCAAAAGUCCCUGUCCUCAUCCUGUGAAGGCAGAACAUUCCAGGGGACCCCUGCUCACCUGUUCCUGUCCCGCAGCCGUCUGUCCUCCUGCUCCACAGUCAUGAUCCCAGAGGAGCGACUUAUGCUCAAUCCAACCAAAUCUGAUGAGGUCGAGACAAAGCAGUCCAAAAUAAACCAAGACGAUAACGCCAAGUUUCAUGAAGCUGAGAAAAUGAGGAUCCAAAGAGAGGAGGAGGAGAGGAAGAGGAGGCAGGAGGAGGAAGAGCACAGACGGCAGCAGCAAAAGGAGGAACUGGAGCAGAGAAUGAGGAGUGAGCUGCAGAACGAGAGACAGAGGAGGGCAGAGGAGAGCAGGUGUGACAAGUUCAUUCAUUAUUAUUUGGAAGUGUAA